UCGUGGGCCACCCCGCCUUGGGACUGCCCUGAGGGUGUUGGAAGGCAGGGACUGGUCACCCCUUGGGGCCCUGGAGGAGAAGCAGGCGGAGGACGCAGAGCUGGGAGGGCAGGCCUAGCCGGUGCCUGGUACAUAGUAGGUGCUCCAUAAAUGUUUAUUGAAUGAAUGAAUGGAGGCCAUGCAGGCAGAGGCAGCCGCGCGUGUGCAGGCACUGGUGAAAGAGCGGGUCCAGUGGAGACUGGAGCCAGGUGACAGAUGGGUCUCGUCCUUCCUGCCCUGUCUCUCGCGCUCCCUCCUCGGAGCUUCCCUCUCCAGCGGCCCGUGGGAAUCGUGGGAAUCGUCUGAAGUUCUGAGCCCAGAACCAGAGGAGGAGGAAGAGAAGGAAGAGGAGGAGGAGGAGGAGGAGGAGGAGGGAGAGGAAGUCAAGUCUUGAGAGCCUGUGCACCUUCCCAGAGACAAGCGGUGGGGGUGUGUCCGGCUGUGUGUCCCUGUCCCAGUGGCCCGCACCUGCUGCUAGCACCCCCCAAGGACGUCCCCACCCCACUCCCCAACACACGGUUGGUGCUGGCCGUGUCUGCCUCACCAGGGGCCCCUGUGCCAGGGGUCGCCCCCAAGAUGGUGGCGGCCCCAGGGAGGACUGUGCCGCCAGCCCCAGCCUCCCGCUGCUAGGUCCUGCCCCCCC